UGGUCUGAAUUUUUUUUCGAGAGUCACUAACGGGAAGUAGAAUGAUCGACAGCUGAGAUCAAGAUGAUGUAAUCUACUGACGUUCUUUCCACAUCUUUUCAUAUCUGUUGGCGGGACGAAGCCUCAAGAGAGGAACAGCUCCUAAGCGAGCACCAUCUGGUUCGAAUGUCCGUGACAGGUCGCGAGUCGCCACCAACACGCGUCCUACGCAUGCCGCAUGAGGAAACGACGGAUAAGGGCCGAUGUGGGGACCGAUAGAGCAUAUGGCGACGGAGAGACAGCAGAUCGACGCAGCCGCGCAUGGAUUCCAGGUGGUUUCAACAGCUCUGCUUGCUGCAGACAUGACUCGGAUUGAUUCGGAUUGUCACGGGGCUGAUGCCCAGGUGCAUCAUGUGGGCGCAGGAAGAAAGUGAAGGCACUUUAGAUCUGGGCGAUACGAGCCAAUCGCCGCCAAGAACUCCGUCACGAGUGUCCCCGCCAUCACGAUUACGGAUUGAAACUAAAGAAGCAGACCCGCACGAUUCGUCCGCGAGUCGCUAUGUGGACCAUAUGUCUUGCUUGGAUCCAUGUGCUGCCUUGCACCGGUAUCAAGACUCUCGGCGGGCCAAUGGUGGGGAAAGAUUGCGUGAAAUGAACGAUAAAAGCCAGACGAGCUGCAAUGGACUGUUCAGUUGCAUUUGCUUCGCAUCCUCCGCUCCUCCGUCCUCGUCUUCGUCUUCGACAAGGCACCGUUCCCGAUGUUCAACAAGAGCGCCCUUCUCCUCGCUGUCUCGCUGGCCCUCUCGGUCUGCGCCGUCCCAUCUCCGGCGCCCGAGGGAAUCGCCAUCCCCAUCCGAGCCCGCAGCGCGCUGACGACCGCUGAUGGCGUGUUCGACCACGACAAAGCCAUUUCGGAGACUGUGAAGACGAUCAACAAGCACCGCCAGAACCUGAUCAACUUGAAGAACAACAAGGGUGAAGCGUUCUUCAAUCCGGGUGCUGAGAUCAAGAGCAUCGCGACUGUCCCUGCCGCCGUGCAGGCUCGGAUGGAGGGCCGCAACGAGAAGCGCCAGAGCUUGGCACUCAUUGAUCAGCAGUCCGAUAACGAGUGGACCGGCAGCGUGUCCAUCGGCACGCCCGCGACGCGUUUCGUCAUCGACUUCGACACCGGCUCUUCUGACCUCUGGGUGCCCUCUUCCGCUUGCCGUUCAGGCUGCACGGGCAAGACGAAGUACACCGCCAGCCGUUCGUCGACCUCGACCUCCCAGUCUGGUUCGUUCUCCAUCCAAUACGGCGACGGAUCCACUGUCUCUGGGCCCAUCUACACCGAUACCGUAUCCGUCGCCGGUGUCACCGUCACCCAGCAGUACCUCGCGGGUGUGACGACCCUCUCAUCGCAAUUCUCUGGCAGCCCCGAGGACGGUCUGCUCGGACUCGCGUUUCCGGCCAUCUCCAACCUCGGCCAGGACCCGUACUUCCAGACGGCCAUCAGCGAAGGUGCUGUCUCUGCUAACCGCUUCGGCUUCUACCUUGCCAGCACGGGUUCGACGCUCUACAUUGGUGGAACCGACACCCGCAAGUACACCGGCGCAAUCGAGUACAACACCAUCACCUCGUCCUCUGGAUUCUGGCAGGUGACCGGCGCGUCCGUCAAAGUGGGCACUAGCGUCGUCACCUCGAACGUGCAGACAAUUGUGGAUUCGGGAACGACCAUUAUGUACGGUCCUCCCGCGCUCGUCAAGCAGAUCUUCGCCCAAGUCCCGGGAGCACAACUCUUCGAUUCCGCCAACGGAUACUACUCGUACCCGUGCUCCACUCCCCCCAAGAUCUCCUUCAACUACGGCGGCAAGGACUGGACAAUCUCCGCCGCGAACCUGAACCUCGGCCGCACGUCAUCGGGAUCGAGCUCGUGCGUGGCUUCUCUGGCGGCUCAGAACCUCGGCCUGGGAACCCGUGUGUUCCUGCUUGGUGACUCGUUCAUGAAGAACCAGUACACUGUGUUCGAUGUCGACCGUAACGCUGUCGGCUUUGCCUCUUUCUAAAUUAUCGAAUGACCCGGAAAAUAAUGAAUACAUCCUGCGACUUUUUGUCUGA